GUGGCCGAGCGGCGAAAGAGGCGCCAAGACUGAUGCGUCAUUGCUGAGAAGGUGUGAGUUCUGGAGCACGCAGGAGCACGUCCCAGGUCAAAGGUCAAGGCCGCCCUAAGGAUGAUGUCCCGUGGGGACAUGAUGAUGGCGGAGCCUCAGAGACAGCCCCUCGCGGCGAUCAUCUCACGCAUCAAGGAUUGCCCCUACAAAUACGUGCAAACGAUGGCCACGGACCGCAAGCUGCCGGCCAACCUCAAGAAAGAUGACAUGGCUAGACUGAUCGCUCUGUACGACACCGGCGCUGAAGCCGAGCUGAACCGCUUGCUGAGCAGCUUGAAGGAGACGCGGAGCAAGACCCGCAGGGUGAACGCCCAGGGCGGGGCGGGGCACAGCCCGGCCUACCCCGGCUACGUCACCACCACGGCGGAGGCGGACUCUGCCUCGGCCAGCCCUGGCCCCGAGGACGACGACGAGGAGAUGUUCCCCACCAUGGCGGUCGAGGACGACGGAGACGAGGACUACGACCCGAGCGGCAAGCUGAAGAAGCCCCGCGGCGGCAAGACCAUGGCGCCGUCCUCCGGCAAGGGGUGCCGUCGCUCCAGCUACGACAUGGCGACCAGCCCGCCCCAGGGGCACCAGGCCUCGCCCGCCCUGGGGACUUCGUCGGGCUUGGCCAUGGCCCCGGGGGCCGGCCUCCCCCAGCACGCCAUCGCCCCCAGGCCGGCGUCCGGACCGACGCCCGGGUGCAGCAGGAUGUUCUGGCCGGACGAGGCGCAGGGCCCCAUGCAGAUGAAGCACGCCCAGGCCGGGCUGGCGGUGGCCGCGGCGCGCAGGGCGGUCGGGCUCGGCCAGGGCCAGGGCCUUGGCCAGGGCCUUGGCGGCCAAGCCGGGAAGCCGCACCCCCACCAGGCCCGCAUGAGCAAGACGGGCAGGGUCAUCAAGCCCAGGCGGGACGGCAGCUACGUGUAUGCUAAGACGCCUCUUCAUCCGAGUUCAAUGACGUACCCCCCUGCUGGGUCUCCUUCCUCAGUCUACCGCCAAAGUCCAACAUUGGAAGCUGGGGGUUACGAUUCUCCUCAAGUUGCCAGCCAACCAGAGGGAUUCAGAGUCGCCACCGCUUAUGGUCAUGCUCACCCUGUACAAGAGCCUGUGCCUGACACUGCCUCCGCUUCUGUAGGGAAGUCCUGGCCUCCAGUGUCUGAACCACCCAUGCCAAGUCUACAACCGAUUAGCAACAAUUCUUUCAACAGAAAUGUUGCCCAAGAUGUAUUCAAGCCUUACAAUGGACAGCACAUGCAGCCCAAAGUUAAUGCACCUUCGGUCUUUUCAUAUCCUCAGGAGCAAGGCUAUGGAGAAACAUCUUUUGUGCCAUUGAGUCAACAGAUUAGUUCGGAAGAGGUGUCUUUCCAUCUUGCACCUCCAUCACCUUCGCAGGUGGUUCGUCCAAUUCCUUUACCAGCUGCUCCAUCAAAUGACUUUUCGUCUAGUCUAGAGUGGCUUGUUAAUGUAAAAUCAGAGAAUCUCCAAAUGCCCCUGCAGUUAAGCCCCUAUUGGAGACCAGCCAACACAAACUCAGUCAAUUCAUACAGAACUCCUAUAAGUUUUACGAGCAGCAGCAACGGGCGUUCUAGUUUAUUUCAAGAUCAUUCCCGCCCAUUGAUUCAGCCCUAUAUGCCACCACUAUCAAGUAACCCUCUUUAUCAACAUAUCACUACACCCAAUCUUGUUGCCGAUUCUCUGCAUCAAUCAAGACAGUAUAAACAAGAACUUCAAAUACCUCCAUCAGCGCAAUAUGAAAUGCUUCAAGUGGAACAGGCUUCUUUCUACAGUAUGUUGCAUCCAAACCAAGGACCACCACCCCUAUUUCAUAAAUCUACCAACCUGCCUGUAGAAAACUUAAGACCAGCAUUGGUAAGCCCCACAAACCAAUCAGCUAUAGACACACAUCAAGAUCAACAAACCUGGCAGCACCAACAUCACAUGGAACCUUGGAUGCAAGAAACUGAAGAGCAGAAAUAUAAUCAGCAGCUGGGUAUAAGAAAGCAGCACAAGCUGAUUCAGUUAGAAAAUCAACAGAAGCCACUUCAGCUUCAACAAAAUCAGAAGAACCAUCACCAACAGUACCCAUCCAUACACUCCUCAAGACAAACAAAUCUUCAAGGGCAGGAAAGGCAGUCAAGUUUUCAAGGACAUAUGUCUUCUCAGCUACUCCAUACAGUAGCUUCAGUCAAGACUAAUAGAACCCCAAGUAUUCCUUGCAAAUCUCAAUUAAUGCCCCUACAGUCUCAGAGGCAGAAAAGGUUCAUUCCAUCAUCCUCCUCUCUUCAUCCGUUGCCGUCAAACCAUUACCGCCACUCAGCCAAUCAGCAACAAACCUUGUACAAUCGCCAGCCUGGUCAUCACAUGCAACGCUUUAGCCACCAGACUGCAUCGGAAUACCAGCAAUCAGUGAAGGUAGAACAUGCUCUAGGUCCUGCCAGAAAAAAGCCCUGUUACCAGCCCAGUCAAACCACCCGGCAGCAAGUGCACACUGGAAAACAGAUACAAAACCAGACAUCUUUGCUAAACCAGGCAGUCUCUCACAGUCAUCAGAUUGACGUUCCAAAUGCACUCCCAUUACCAAAUCCCGAUUUCUGCCAAGACAAUGAAAUUUCUUAUCCCCUUAUAUACAACUACUUGACAUCAGUUGAGAAACAGUUUGUGCCUGGCAGCAACAAACCAGAUGGUUAUUCAGAGAGUUCAAGAAAUGAGGACAUCUUCAAUUUCUCAACAGAGAUGCCUGUGGGCCAGAAUAGUUUCGAAAGCACUUCUAAUGUCUCCUCUGCUUUCAUCGAAGAGGUAAUUCCUGGACUAACUCAACAUGUUCUUCAUUCUUCAGAACAAAAGGAUCUUUUAAAUUCUAAUUUGCCCUUGGCAACAUUACCAUGCUCAGUCUCUUUGCCUGUAAGCCUUGGUUGCAAGGUGAUUCCUCAUUCCACUAUGGAAGAUUUGCCCCAGGACACUUACAGCAAUGGCUCUCAGAAGGCCUCCUCAUUUGACAGCUCUCACCAGGUAGAUUUCCAUGUAAGUGGCCAUCCUUCAGAAAAAGUGGAACUUAAUGGAGCAAAUGACAAAACAUCAGUGAAAGAUUCAAACAAUGCCCCCUCAAGAGACUCUGAAUUUCCUGCAGUCAUUGUGGAAAAUGUCCAUUCCAUUGACCAUUUAGAAAGUCAUAAUUAUGCCCAACUCAUUCCAGUUCCUGUUGAAAAUAACAGUUUGGAUGAAGAUUCUGAAAGUAACAGAGACAUGCAACUCCGUCUCAUUAAAGCACUAGCAGACCCUUCUUCACCCUCCCAGAGCCGCAAUGUGACAAUCUCUGUUCCUGAUAAAAUUGACACGACUCUUGAGAAAGUUGUGAAAGAAAAUGACAAAACCCAGCAGGUUAUAUUUUUGUGUAGUGAUGGCACAGGGGAGCCGGAGUAUAUGACGCUUAGUGUUUGUCAAGAAGAUGCACUGAAUAACUCUUUGAGCAGUCUGCCCGGAACAGCUCCAUCAACUCCUUUAAAUUCAGACAUUUUGAAUUCAAGCAACAUAAAUGAGGAAGGUGAAGAAAAUAGUCCACCUGUGGGUGGUCCAUCAACAAACUCUAGUCAUCCGAGCCAGGUGAGUACUAUACCUGUGACUCAUAGUGAUCAGUCAACUGAGACUGCGUCGAGUAUAAGUGAUUACUUGAGUCAAAGUAGAUCAGCUCUCGACACGAGUACUAUUGCCCAAUUGAGUGAUGAGAAUACAUCUAGUGAAAUGAGCUCUGAGAGUGACAGUUUAGAUAGCUCUGGUUCUUCUGAAAGUGAAAACAGACAUGCCACAGAGCACCCUCAAGUAUUGCCAGAGGACACACUUCUAGUACGUGACUCUACUCUGCCUGCAGAAUAUAUUUUGCCUACCACAGAAAGUCUCAACUCUACUCUGCCUGCAGAAUAUAUUUUGCCUACCACAGAAAGUCUCAACUCUACUUUGCCUGCCGACUAUGUUUUGCCCCCUGCUGAAAAUUUUGCCUCUACUUUGCCUGUAAGUCAUGAGACAAUAAAUGAAUUCGGCCCUGCAUCUAGUGAACUCCAGUUAAAUCAGGAUACUGCAGACAAUGUUGUUCCGUCCUGUAGUAAAUCAGUGCUGGAGAACUGCAAGACAGAGCCUUCAAACUGUCAGGUACCUGUCAGGUCCCCUCAGCCUUUGUGUCUGGUGGUUUCUGAAGAUAAAGGACUGAGAGAGGUGCCGUCAAUACAUGAUAAAAUUAAUCAAGUGAAGAUGGAGACCAAUGUUGAUAGCAAAUCAACUGUCAAUGAUGAAAUAGAUAAUCAUAGUCAUAUUGACAAUGAAAGCAGUCAAGUGAAGAUAGAGACCAUUAUUGAAACCGAAUCAAUUGUGAAUGAUAAAAUAGAGAAUCUUGAUUCUCAGGAAUCUCAAAAGUUUCAUAUUGACAAUGAAAACAAAUCUAAUACUGGGAUUGAUUGUGAGGUGCCAGAAGUGGCAAUUGAACAUAGUGAGUCUGCUGCCAAAGUUUCAGAUGAACGCUCCUCAACAAAUUCUGAAGUUAAUGAACUGUCUACAGAAAUAAAGCUUGAAAAAACUGCAAGUAAAAUGUAUCCUGGCAAGCAAGUGCGACAACCUGUUCGCUGCUCCCCUCGCCAAUCUGUCCGAGCUGGGCCCAGUUAUACACAGAUGAGUGCAGUCUUCACUCAACAGAAAUCGCUUGAGCCACCUCCUCAACAAUCAGCCAAGGGUCGCAAGCCAUGUCCUAAUCUCAAACAUGGUUGUCCACUUGUACUGCCCCCUGCCCAGUUAACAAGCCACCACUCAGUAUGUGAAUAUUCCUACAUAACUUGUCCUGCUAUUGGAUGCACUUGGGAAUGUAUUGCCAAGAAAUUAAGUUCCCACAUUAGAGAAGCACAUCGUUCUGAAAUAGGGAUUGGACCUGACUCCGAACACACAGUAUUUUUCCAUGAAAUACGGCAGCAACAACGUCUUACAUUUUUGAGGGAAGUGUCAAGGAAAUUGUUUGUCAUUUGUAUCCAUGCUUGUGAUAAUAGCAUCUUUGCAACAAUGCAGUACAUUGCUUCUGGCCGGUCUGAGAAACCAAUUUUAGCAACAGGAACCCUAGAAGUUAUUGAUGAAGGUGGUUCUCCUCAUGCUUGGCGAGGAAAGAUUGGACCAAUCCAACAGAAACUUGAUGUAGUAAGAGACAGUGGAAACUGUCUGCAGAUUGCCCCCGAGAUUCUAGGUGUGAUUGAGAGUGCCACAGUAACAUUGCACACCAACAUUCGAGUGAACCUUUCCCAAAAUCCUAGUGAGACUUCUCUUUAAUUUUUAUUUUCUUUUUGCUGUUUUCCUCAGCAAGUGUUGUCUUAUGUUUUCUUUUUGUUUAUUUAUGAAUAAUGAAUACAAAUUUUGUUCUAUUUUUUGUUACAUCUAGUCUAAUUGUCAUACUCUAUCAAUAGUACUGUAAUCAAUAAUUUCAUAAUAAUAAAGUUACAGUUCUGUAACAAACAUCUAACUGA